AUGAAGAUCCUUACAUCUGAAGAAAUUGAAGCUCAUAGAUACCACACCUUGGCUGGUGGUGUGAAAGGUGCCAUUGCUGGGCUAAUCAUAUCUGGAGCUAUCUUCAAAUUUGCUCCAAUGAGAUACCCAAAAUUCAAUCCAAAAGCUAUGACCUGGUCCGUUAAGACUGCUACGUUCAUCAUGCCACCAGUUGUGCUGACGGCUAUUUGCGCUGAAAAUGCUUCUACCAGAUUCGAUGAGAUGAUGUAUGGCUCUGGUGCUGAAUCCUCGCAGGCCCUAGAAGAACACAAGAGAUGGAAAAACCUAUCGAUGACGAAUAAGAUGGUCGAGUCUCUAUCGAAUAACAAGUACAAGAUUAUCACCGGUCUUUGGGCUGCCUCCCUAUGGGGAUCAUGGGUCAUUGUUAACAGAGACAAGAUUAUGACCAAGACUCAAAAGGCUGUGCAGGCAAGAAUGUACGCUCAAUUUAUCACCGUGGCUCUAUUGUUGGCCUCUAUGGGGUUGAGUAUGUACGAACAAAACUUGAACCCAGACAAGCAGAAGCAAACUGAACAACGUCGUUGGGAUAAGCUUAUCGAAGAGGCUGAAAGAGAGGAAAAAGCCGAGAGCGAAAGAUCUGCUACUGGUUUCAAGACUAACCAGGACAGAGUCAAUGCCAAGAUUUAUAAAUACGAUUAA